AUGGACGCAAGCACGCCCAACCCGCCUACCCUAGGCACCGACGCUGUCGCCAGCACAAUUGUCUUCUUCCACCCCGACCUCGGCAUCGGCGGCGCAGAACGCCUCGUCGUCGACGCAGCCGUGGGCCUGCAAACCCGCGGCCAUAAAGUCGUCAUCUUCACCAACCACUGCGAUCCGACACAUUGCUUCGACGAGUGUCGCGAUGGAACCCUCGACGUCCGCGUCCGCGGCAACUCCAUCGUCCCGCCCUCCAUCUUCUCGCGCCUGACGAUCCUGUGCGCCAUCCUCCGCCAUAUCCACCUCCUCCUAACCAUCCACCUGACGGGCGAGCUCGCGGCCCUCAGUCCACGCGCCUUCAUCGUCGACCAGCUCUCCGCCGGCCUCCCUCUGAUGCGGUUCCUCGCCCCCGACGUGCCCGUCCUCUUCUACUGCCACUUCCCGGACCUGCUGCUCGCCCAGGGCCGCCAAUCCCUCGUGAAGCGCCUGUACCGCGUGCCCUUCGACCGCCUAGAAGAAUGGAGCAUGGGCUUCGCCCACGCCGUGGCCGUCAACUCCAAAUUCACCCGCGGCAUCGUGGGUAACACCUGGCCCGCCCUGCAGAACAAGGUGCCGAUAAACGUCGUCUACCCCUGCGUCGACACCCACACCACGCACGAGACGGCGCCAGACGAGGCCAAGCUCGCCGCGGGCAAGAAGCUGAUCCUGAGCAUCAACCGCUUCGAGCGCAAGAAGGACAUUGGACUGGCAAUCAGGGCGUUUGCCCAGAUCCCCGAGGAGCAGCGACGCGGCGCGCGCCUCGUGCUCGCCGGCGGCUACGACGCCCGCGUCUCCGAAAAUGUCCUCUACCACGCCGAGCUCCAAGCGCUCGCGACGUCCCUCUCGCUCGCGCACCACACCCUCACGCCCGCGGAGCUCGGCUCGGCCGCCGCGCCCCCAGACGCCCAGGUGCUCUUCCUCCUCAGCGUCCCCGGCGCGCUCAAGGCGGCGCUCCUCCGCGCCGCCCGCCUGCUCGUGUACACCCCGGCAAACGAGCACUUUGGCAUCGUGCCCCUCGAGGCCAUGCUCGCGCGCGUCCCCGUGCUGGCCGCCAACACGGGCGGGCCCGUCGAGACCGUUGCCGACCGGGAAACAGGCUGGCUGCGCGACCCGGCCGACGCGCCUGCCUGGACCGACGUCAUGGCGCGCUGCCUCGCGCUGCCCGACGACCAGCUUGCCGCCAUGGGGGACGCCGGCCGGCGCCGCGUCAGGGAGCUGUUUGGCCGGGACAAGAUGGCCCAGACGCUGGACGAGAGCCUGGUCCAGAUUGCGGGUCUUGCCGAGGAGAGGCGUGUCUCCGGCGCCGCGGGCUUUGGUGUCCUGGCGGCCUUUAUCGCCGCCUGCGCCGUUUUGGCGGCCUGGUUUGCAUUUUGA